AUGACAGUCCAGGAAGCCAGGCUCUCCCCGUCACCAUCGCCAGCUGCAGGUAUUUAUUCAGGUUCUGGACUCAGCCGUGCUGUGACGGCCCGUCACAGCACGGCUGGACCCGGUUUGGCUCCAUGGACCCUGGACCCGGUUUGGCUCCAUGGACCCUGGACCCGGUUUGGCUCCAUGGACCCUAAACCGUCUUCAGGGCCCGUCCAUGAAGACCUGCGCCCAGGGAUGUCAAAGUCAAAAACACAAAGGGCCAAAACAACUAAUUUGCUGCAAGCCGAGGACCGGACUGCUCAACUCUCCAACAUUAACUCUGCUCAACAUGCUGUCUCUGCUCUCACAUCUGGAUUCACUCUGCUGGUUCUGAUCACUGGAUCAGGUGUAAACUGCCAACAACUCACUGCAGCAAAGACUGAGGAGUUCAGUUCAGAGGGCAGCUCUGUUACUCUGACCUGCAGUUACUCCAACAAGAUAGCUCUUGGUGAUGAUUUCUUUUGGUAUCAACAAAAUCCUGGAAAACCUCCAGAGUUCAUCUACUACAUCUCAGGGCUCAACAGCUCAAGAUCAGCAGAGUCUCUGAAAUCAUCAACAAGAUUCUCCACUUACCUGAGAGGAGAGAAGCACCUGGAUCUGCUGAUCUCCUCUGCUGCAGUGACAGACUCUGCUGUGUACUACUGCGCUGUGAGGCCCACAGUGACAGGAAACACCAGAACCCUGAACAAAAUCGUUGGACUGAAGACAAAGACAACAGAGACAUGA